AUGCCUUCGACGGCUCCCGUUAUUGAACGGACGUUCAAAGUAGUGGUCGAUCACGUUGGAGGAACAGUGGCUGAUGAAGGGGUGGAACUGAAGGCCCUUCAGCAACAACUUGAAGAGGAGAAGGGGAGGGUGCGCGUUUUAGAAGAUAAGAUCGGGCGCAUCACUCACCUGAGGGUGCCGCCCACCUACCAGCGGCCGGUGCAGGAAGUGAAGCCCCUGCACAAGGAGUACGGAGCCAGGCGUGGUGAGCCAACACUUGAUGGAGUUCCCCAUCACGUGUUGGUUCACCACGCCUGGUUUCGAAUCUGCUCUGUCCACUCCUGGCUGAAUGGAGCUGGUUUUUCCAGCUCAACGAAAAGCGACGUACAAAGAAACGCGGCAGCAGGAAAUGAAGCAGAACAUGCGUUACAUCUGUAUUCAGUGUUGUUUUUGUAUCUUUAUAUUCUUUUGUUGCUUUUGUAG